AUGGGGCGUUUGAAGACCUUUCCCCACAAUACACCCCAGCACACGCCGCAGAAGCCUGGCGCAAAGACGAUUACCAAGGACACACCACGUACCUCAAGGCGUACUGCAGCAUCGGAAGCAAAGACGACGGAUAUUCGCUAUGAUAUUGCAGGGGCUAUGAACGCAGAAACUUUCGUUUGCGAUGUUGAGAUUUUCAUCAAACAUUACCUCCCAAAAGUCGAGGACAAGGUCCUCUCCCAUGUCCUCGCGGAUAUGAUUAAGAAGGAGGUCCUCAUAGCUCGAGAGGAAACCACGGGGACAUCAUCUGGAAAGGCGAAAGCGAAACCCAAAGCGAAGUCGAAAGCAAAGUCGACAGCGAGCUCCGGGGCAAAAUCAGCCACUGCAGUGCCACCUUCCACUCCGACAAAGCCCUAUGACUACUCCCUGAAGGACUUUAAACCUCCGUGCGCGGGCGGAGAGAAGGAUGCCCAUGAGAAGAAUGUCUUUGCACCAUUGACCUCCAUCUGCGAGGUGAUCUGUGAGGCCCUUCGCGAUGUCGAUGGCGUGGACUGGAACGGAUAUUCUGUUCGUAUGUGUGGCGGAAACAAGAUGGACUCGAAGAUCAAUGGCUGUGCCCAGAAGAUCGAUGCCUGUAUGACUAAGAACAUGGACGAGAAACUGCGCGUCACGGAUGUAAUGGUCGCUUUCGAGUUGAAGACGACACGAACGGACGCGAUGGUAAUGAAGAACCGUGCGCAGAUAGUUUCGCAUUCCAACCACGCAAUGAGCGAGGACGCACGCCGUAAAUUCAUACUCGGAAUCACUAUCGAAGAUGGCGGGGUCUCGCUCUGGUACUUUUCUCGUUCUCACUCAGCAAAGUCGCGGGCGUUUAAUAUGGUUGAGCAACCCGAUUUGCUUGUCAAGAUCAUGAUUUCCCUGUUCUGUGCCACCGACGAGCAGCUGGGCAUCGAUCCCCUUGUUCAGGUGCUGGACGACGGUAGCUUCGUCUACAGAUUUCCAUCGGAUGGAGACAAUGACGGAGACACAUUCUACCGAACACAGGGCAUCGUCUUCCAUGAUCGCUCCCUCACACUCACUGGUCGUUCUACGCGUGUUUGGAAGGUUCAGCAAGUCGAUCCCGACAACGACUACGCACAGGUCGAGGGGACAAAGAAUAUGAUUUUGAAGGAUGCCUCUGUGGACGCCGAUGCACGUACUGAGGAUGACAUUCAAAAGAGCAUGUUUACCGACAUCAAAGACAUCGGGGGCAAUGGGAGCAGGGCUUGGCAGAAGCGCCCGAUUGCGAAAGACUUCAGCGACGAGGAAAAGGCAUCUCUCGAAGACUUACUGGAUGGUACAGAACAGUUCAAGGACUUCUUCUCCUGCAUCAUCAAAUCUUCAACCGCAGAGCCUAGCCUCCCCGUGGCUCCCGAGGUCUGGGCAGAUCCAACCCUCUUCCCUUACUCAGAAAAAAAGAAGCUGUCCGUGGAUCUGUACCAGACAAACCGCCCAGAUUCUGGCCCGAAACCCUCGGGCAAGGCGACUGAAGUCAAUGCGAUGGAACCUGCCUGUCGAGAUCUAUUUCCGCCCAAGAAGCAGUGUCGUUACAUAUAUCCGGACGUCUACGCGCCCCUCUACGACAUCCCUACCUUGGGUGAAGCCGUCGAUAUUUUGAAGCAAUGUGUGUUGGUCCUUCAAGUGAUGUUUUGCGCCGGUUGGGUGCAUCGCGACAUUAGUCCUGGCAAUAUUUUGGCGUUGUGGGAUGAGUCAAAGAGCAAGUGGCAAGUCAAGCUGGCCGACCUGGAAUAUGCAAAGAAGUUCCCAAAUACUGGUCCUGACUCGUCAAGUGCUAUACCCAAGACGGGAACACCAUUUUUCAUGGCCGUUGAAAUCCAGGGCCAAUUCCACAUUCUUCCCCCUGAAGCUGAGCCGCGAUAUUCUGCUACUGGUGGCUUCCUGGUUGAACAAUACCUCAAUCAGGCUGCCGCACUUGAGAAGCCAGUUGUACACAGCCCCCAGCACGAUCUUGAGUCCAUCUGGUGGAUUUUUCUCUGGCUAGCUUCCAAGAGAGUAAAGCGACCUUUCCCAUCGUUGCUCGGCGAAGGCCCAUUUGACACCAAUGGCCCAGAAGUUCCAAGUGUUGAGAAGCGACAGAAGGUCCUUCAGAGCUGCCUUCUGUACAAUAAAAAAGUUCGCCCCUUCAUUCCUCAACAGCUAGCACGUUCAUUCCUCGUCGCCAUUGACGUAGUUCGAGCCGAUCUCCACAACGGCUACCUCAGGCGCAAUGCUGAAGGCAGACAAAACGAUAUUGCAAGCUACUCGCACAUCGUGAGCAAGCCUUUCCAGAUUUUAUUCCAACUGCUGGAAGAGUCGCAUGAUCCAUGGCGCUCGGUGAAGCUCGUGACUGGUAGGGACUCGGAACAAGAAGAGGAGACUGAACGGAAUGGGCCAGAGAAACAAAAGGGAAUGGACGAUCAUGGCGGUACUGGCACCAACCAACCAAAGGGGAAGAAGAGGAAAUCGGCCGCACCGGAAUCGAAGAAGGGCAGGUCGACCAGAAGGACAAAGGCGGUUGCGUUCAGAUUACCGAGGACGACUGGGCCAACGACUAGAUCCAUGACUAAGGCUGCUCAGGACCAAGAUAUAGAGCCACGACCUUUGAAGAAGGCUCGCCGUUAA